UAAAGAAAUCCCAGUAAUCGCCGAGCGCUUCGGGUGACCAGACGUCCUCAAACGGGUGACAAAAAAACAAAAAAAGAAAAGUAAAGAAAAGAAACUCGAGAAGUGAAAUAAGAGUGAGAGUGCCAUGGACGCGGAGUUCUCCUCCUGGCUGGCCACCCUGCUGGUGCCUGGCCUCCUCAUCCUGGUGAUCCUGUACCUCUGCGAGCACCAGUACGAUGAUAUUAUUGGUGUGGCGCCACCAGGACCCUGGGGUCUGCCCUUCUUGGGAUAUCUGCCAUUUUUGGAUGCGAAGAGACCGCACAAGUCCCUCCAGAAGCUGGCUAAGAGGUAUGGGGGCAUCUACCAAUUGAAAAUGGGCAGUGUCCGGGCGGUGAUCCUGUCGGAUGUGGCACUCGUUCGGGACUUUUUCCGCCACAUAGAGAUGACCGCCCGGGCUCCCCUCUACCUCACCCACGGUAUCAUGGGCGGAUAUGGGAUUAUCUGCGCCCAGGGUGCCCUCUGGACCCAUGCCCGACGCGAGGUCAUCGAUUGGCUGAAGGCCCUGGGCAUGACCCGUCGUCCGGGGGACUUGCGGGAGAGUCUCGAGAGGCGUAUUGCCAGGGGAGUGGACGAGUGUGUUCAAAUCUAUGAGGCUGAGGCAGAUCAGAGUCCAAACUCUGAACUGGAUCCUGUAGGUGGACUUUUCCACACUCUGGGGAACAUUAUCAACGAUCUGGUGUUCGGAAUAACCUACAAGCGGGAUGAUCCCGACUGGCUGUACCUGCAGAAGCUGCAGGAGGAGGGCGUCAAGAUGAUCGGGGUGUCCGGAGUGGUGAACUUCCUGCCCUGGCUGCGGCAUCUGCCGGAAAACAAGCGCAACAUUCGCUUCCUACUGGAGGGCAAGGCCAAGACGCAUGCCAUCUACGAUCGGAUUGUGGCCUCGUGCAAGGAGAAGCUCAACGAGAAGCUGGCGAGGCACAGGGAGGAGCAGGAGGUGCUGCGCCAGGAAAGGCGUAGAGCUCAGAUGGAGCAGGGACAUCCGAGGCAGCAGACAGAGGAUGAGGAUGACCACGAUGACCACGGUGGGCAGCAUGUCGGAGAUAUUCCGGAGGAGGAGGAGCAACAGGAGGAGGGCAAUGAGAUGGGGUUGCCAUUUCCAGACGAGAAUGACGCAGAAGAUCGGCAGGAGGGAGAAGAGGCUUCUGGUGAGGAGGAAAACGAGGAAGAGUACGAUGAUGAUGAUGACGAGGAGGAUGAUGAAGACGAGGAAUACGAGCCGUAUUGCAUCUUGGAGCAUUUCCUCAUGAACAAGAUUCCCAUAUCGCAGCUCUACUGCGACGACCAGCUGCGUCAUCUGCUGGCCGAUCUCUUCGGAGCCGGCGUGGACACCGCCCUGGCGACUCUCCGAUGGUUCCUUCUCUACAUGGCCCGGGAACAGAGUUGCCAGCGCCGCCUCCACGAGCUCCUGCUGCCCCUGUCACGGUCGCCCAGUCUGGAGGAGCUCGAGCCCCUGGCCUACCUUCGGGCCUGCAUCUCGGAGACGCAGCGCAUCCGGAGCGUGGUGCCCCUGGGCAUUCCGCACGGCUGUGAGAGGGACUUCACAGUUGGGGAUUAUCGCAUUCGUGGUGGCUCGAUGAUCGUCUCGCUGCAGUGGGCCAUACACAUGGAUCCGGUGGCCUUUCCCGACCCGGAACAGUUCCGGCCCGAGCGCUUCCUGGACGAGUCCGGAGCCUAUGUGGCUCCGCCGCAAUUCGUGCCCUUCCAAACGGGCAAGCGAAUGUGCCCCGGCGAUGAGCUGGCCCGGAUGAUGUUGACCCUCUUCACGGGGCGUAUCUUAAGGCGAUUCCAUCUGGAGAUGGCUGAGGACUGUACGGUGGACAUGAAUGGAGAGAGUGGCAUCACCCUGACUCCGGAGCCCUACAAGCUGCGCUUCAACAAACUGCCCCUGAUGUAUAUGCGGGAAUUAAAGAAUCCAGAUGACUCGGAUCUGGAUUAAUUUAAAUAUGAUUCUUAAUUCUUUUUUUGAUUUUUUUUUUUAUAGUUGUCUUGUGAAAAUAUAUUUGUUUAAUUGCGUGGAAUAGUGGAAUAUAAAA